AUGUAUCAUCUCCUCAAGGGAUUUCACGAAUAUCUGACUAGGAAGGAAGAAUUCUCAGUUAUUAUUAUUGGAUUAGACGGUGCCGGAAAGACGACACUCUUGGAGAAAAUCAAGACAUUAUAUAACGAUACCCCUGGUCUUCCCGCGGACAAGAUAGCACCCACAGUGGGGCAAAAUAUGGGUAAGAUCACUCUUCCUUCGACAAUCCUGCAAUUCUGGGACCUCGGCGGACAACGGGGAAUUCGCUCUAUCUGGCACAGAUAUUAUGACGAUUGCCACGCCGUUGUCUUCGUGAUUGACGCAGAGGAUCGAGAGAGACUCGGAGAAGGCUGGGAAGUCUUCGACUCUGUUCUAUCGUCCCCACAAAUACUCGGUGUGCCGCUCCUGCUACUCGCGAACAAGCAGGAUAGCCCACAAAGCCUGUCAGUGGAGGAAAUUCGGAACGACUACGAAGAGUGGCACAGACGGAAGCAGGAGAGCGCACGGCGACGAUACGGCGAGGAGAUAGAGCUUGAGAACCGCAGGGAGCGCAUGGCGAGUCUCGAUGUCAUGGGCAUCUCUGCUCUGGAGGGGACUGGUGUGCGCGCGGCAGUAGAUUGGCUGUUCAUACGAGUGCAGAACAGCAGGCGACGGGAUGAACAGACCGGACAGUAG